UUGACGACCUUGUCGCUCUCAGGGAAUUUGAUAGCGGCCGCAUGAGAAGGCGUGGCCACUAAGCAAUCUCAAAACUCUAAACUGAUCACGAGAUUUCACCGGACGUUUGUAUCUUGGGUUUGACGUACUUACUUUCACUUUUCACGAUGAUCUCUUCCUCAUAUUUUUAACGGAGUAUCACCUUUUUAUAAAUGACAUUUUCCUUGAAAAAUAUUGACGAUGCGGGAUUUGGGCUUCGCGAAGGCUCCAAGUUGGAAAGUUUUCUCAACCGGAAAUUAGUCCCCAGCCAUGUCGAAACAAUCAACGAGUUGGUGAACGUGUGGGGAAGCUGUGGUCAUGUCUUUGUCGCUACUAACGCUGGCCGAAACUUGCACGCUUUUGAAUCCAUUCCUCGAGCUAAGUGGACACCGGAGAGUGAAAGUCUUCUGUUACAAGACCAAGAAUCUCCCAUUAUAAGUGUGCUGUCUAGCAAUGAAAGUCCAUCACUAAUAUUUAUCAUUCACCAAAACAGCAUCACAGAAUGUUGGGAAUUCACUCAGUCAAGUUACAAAUGGAUUAAGAAGAAUGAAUUUCAGUUGAGUAACACAAAGGGAGUUGAGAUAUUACAGGUUGUACUUCAUCCUCUGGCGAAUUGUUUCUUCUGGUGUGAGAGGCGAUCUGUCUCUGCAUCAAACUUAAUCAGCUGUUGUGUCUGUGUAAGACAAGUGAUCAUUUCUGAGAGACUUGGAAACAAUACUGUAGUGUCUGUUGGACCAUUAGUGGCUAUUCUUCAUGGAUGUCCCCCAAUGUCACUUCAUGUCAUCAGUAGAAAUGUUUGCCUUGUUCCUGAUUUUCCAGAGGAAUUGAGAUGUUUUGUUCUCUUCUGGACAUUUGUUCAGAGGUCCUUAAAGAUUUACAUAUGGAAUUAUGGUUUUGUUGGAGAUGUAGAUAAAUUUGACUUCAAGGCAAUAAUUGCAGAAUUACUUUGCCCAUGGACUUCAAGUACAAAGAAUAACUUGCAUCAUCUGGUUGCCCUCACAUCUCAUCCUACCACAAAUGAACUUCUCGUGAUUGACAGUGGUUUGGAGUUAUCACUAGUCAAGCUUCAGGAAAGGAGCCCAGAUGUAGCCCCACUUGUUAGACUCCAAGCAGAUUCUUUGAUCUUUCACAGUGACAAAAUUCUAGAUCUCUUUGCUUUUGGUCUCAUUGUUGGUGUUCUAUGGAAAUCAGGUAAACUUUCACUUUAUGAUGUUGGUAGUGGAGCUGAAAUAUGCAAGCUUGAAGAUUUUAAAGGACAGAAGGUUCUUAUUUGGAGAUGUUCUCAUUUGGUUAAUUCCAUUGGAUUUUGGUCAGUCAAUGGGAUUUGGAAGCUUCAAUCUGGAACAGUUCUUGAAACUGCAGAUUGCAUCAGGUCCUCUGUUAAUUCAGCUAAACUUGUAAGUAGAGAAAACAAUUCCUUUGUGAGCACACAAGAGUCGAUUGAGUCUUUUUGCAGUAACAGUCCAAGCAAAAGUGUCUUCAUUACAGAUGCUUCAUUGCUGAAAACUGAAUUGGACACUUCAUCAGAGAAUUUUUUGAUUCCUGAAAUUGUUAAAAAUCAACAGAAAUCUGAGAGAUCAUCAGUUGGUUCUGGACAAUCAAGGCACAUUGGUGUGGAUAGAUUUUCUGGUCCUCUUUUUGCAGUGAGUCAUUUGACUAAGUGGAACUUAACCCACAGGGCAGCCAAGCUGGCACUGGACUCAAUUGUUUGUUCAGGAAUCCUUUCAGGUUCUCCUGUGACAUAUAGUGAGAUCCCAGAAUCUUUGGUCCAUCUGUUGGUCAGUUCCCAUUCUCAGGGCCCUGAAAUUGCUCUUCUGCUGCUCUGGGAGGAUCCUGUACACAGAGAAUUUGUUCUGCGUAACCUUGAACAAUACAUGAUUGAGCGAGGUAUGGACAAAAGUCAUCCAAAGAAAACACUUUUGAAUGAGUUGUUGCAUCCAUAUAUGAGUGAAUUUCUCUUACUCAACAAACAGUGUAAGUCAGCAACUGACCCCAAUGUCAUGGAAAUUACACAGUCACCCACCCUACCAACAAACUCUGUCAUGCAAGAGAUUCUCACCUUGUUGGAGACAUUUGACAGCAGUCCUCUUGAAAUGGUGUCACUAGAAAGACUCAGCACAUUAAGUCAUCAGCAUCCACACAAGGUUCUUGAGCACGUGGCAGAUUAUUUGAGGAUUGAUUUUGAGGAGGAUGAAAGUACAGAAAGUCAAUGGCAGGGACGAUGGAGAAAAAUUUACAGACUUGAGUGGAGAAGUGGCAGAUGGGGGAGAAGUAAAUUAGCCCUCAAAGACCCUUAUAAUGUAAUGUUGAGCAUUCUUCUACGGAUGUUUUUUGUCUCAAAAUCGGAUUGGCUGAUGAGAUCAGUGGAGAAGGGAAUUGGGGCAAUGCAGGUGGAAGAAUCAGAUUACAGAUCGGAGGAGUUUGUAACCCAGUCAGUGUUGGAGUGUCUUCCUGUUUUAAGUACAAGGCACACCAAUUCCAAGUCGGUCUUAGUACACUCUCAGUUGUGUUACUCUGCUGGGCAAAAGAUACAAGCUCUGCAUUUACUUCUAAGUCACCAAAUGUGGAAAGAAGCCAUUGACUUUGUUUCUCAUUGUGGAAAGGGCAGUGAAAAUCCAACUCUGCUCUUUAUCAUGUUGAUAAAGGGCUUUCAGAGCAGGAAGGCUCCCAGCAAGAUACUGAUAGAGGCCCUUAAUUUAAAGCCCAAGGAUUUGAGCACUGAUGAGAUUCUGGCAAUACUGAAUGAUCAAGCCAUUGGAACUAAGGAACCUUUUGCAAAGGCUGCAGGACAGACAACUGUGGCUGAAAUGAGGCCUUUUCUUGAUGCCCUCUUUUCUAAAGAGGUGUGAAAUUAUAGUUUUCCUGUUACCCUUGUAUCAAACUUCAAAUUAUCACGGUUAUUUCCUUGACGUUCUAACCCUUGCACUCCCAAGAUCUCAUCAUGAAAUUCUCGCAACUGUUUGCCAUUCAAUUCUCUUGAAGUGAGUUUGGAAAACUCAGUAUUGGAUUAACUAAUAAUCUCCUAAUUGAUAGUAUUCUUUAUUCUCAUCGCUUGUCUGCUAGAUCUUGUAUUGAUAUUUUAAGGAGAAAGUCUGUCUAGGUCACUUGAGGGAGUUAAAGGCCGCGUUAAGAGUUGAUUAAGAAGAAUAGACAAACUUAUUAACGUACCAGUAAUGUUUUGAUGUGACACCAAAUUCUCUCAUCUGAUUUAGAAGGAAAUGUGUAGCAGCAAGAAGGGAGAAUUUUAAGUCAGCUCUUGAGGAUAAAAAGGAGGGGCUUUAGAGUCAUGGGGUCUCGUUGGGGUUUUUUGUAAAUGUCGUCAGCUAUUUAUCUCUGGAUAGCCUACUUACGUGAAACCGUACCCUCCCCCCCAGGACAAACUUCUCUCCCCUCCGUUUCUCCUCUGGGGUAGGGUACGGCUACACGUAGAAUCUCUGGAAAUUGUUUCAACGUGUUACACCAAGAAACGCAUGUAUCAAAUUUGUGAAUUGUUUGUCCAUCUUAGCUCCCGUAUGUACUUUGACUUAUAUGACCCGGAUACCUUAUAAAAUGUCCAGGAUGAUGUCAGCGUUAUCAGAUAUGAAAGUGGCCAAAUAUACUAAAUGAAGAACAAGAAUAUUAAAAUUUAAAGAAUUAUUAUUUUCAUGAAACAUGUUAUACUUGAUGACAUGUUACAUACGAGAUUUAUAUAAGGACGCAAAAUAAAUGCAUUUCUAUUUUAUCAUA